AGUCCUCCCGUGUCACAGACUUGGAUAUCUUCCUAUUUUUUCCCUCCUCUCUCUAUCUCUCCCUUCCUAUACAUACAUCAUCGCUUCCUUUGCUCAUCCAAAAAUCUGCUUCCCCAUCUAGGCGUACGUUAGCUUCCACCGCCGUUUAUAGGCACAUAAAACCGCAUUUCCAUUUUGUUUUUUUUUUUUUUUGUCUCUUACGCUAGAGGUUUUUGGUAUUUUUGAAAAUGGCGACGGUUAAUAGAGUGGAUCUGGACGGAAGGCAGAUAAAGCCGAUGACGAUAUGCAUGAUCGGUGCUGGAGGAUUCAUAGGGUCUCAUUUGUGUGAGAAGAUAUUGUAUGAGACACCGCACAAGAUUCUCGCUCUUGAUGUGUACAACGACAAGAUCAAGCACCUUCUCGAACCGGAAACACUCACUUGGGCGGACCGGAUCCAGUUCCACCGCCUCAAUAUCAAGCAUGACUCUCGUCUUGAAGGCUUAAUCAAGAUGUCGGAUCUGACUAUAAAUCUGGCGGCGAUCUGUACACCGGCCGAUUACAAUACACGUCCAUUAGACACGAUUUACAGCAAUUUUAUUGAUGCGCUCCCUGUGGUGAAGUACUGUUCGGAGAACAACAAGCGUCUAAUUCACUUCUCCACUUGCGAGGUGUAUGGAAAAACUAUUGGAAGCUUUCUUCCUAAAGAUAGCCCUCUUCGUCAGGAUCCUGCCUACUACAUACUCAAAGAAGAUGAAUCUCCUUGCAUUUUCGGUCCCAUUGAGAAGCAGAGGUGGUCUUAUGCCUGUGCAAAGCAAUUGAUUGAGAGGCUUAUAUAUGCCGAGGGUGCAGAGAAUGGCCUUGAGUUUACCAUUGUGAGACCUUUCAACUGGAUUGGACCUAGGAUGGACUUCAUUCCUGGAAUUGAUGGCCCAAGUGAGGGUGUUCCCAGAGUUCUAGCAUGCUUCAGCAAUGCUCUGCUGCGCCGUGAACCACUCAAGCUUGUGGAUGGUGGACAAUCCCAGAGAACUUUCGUUUAUAUCAAGGAUGCCAUUGAAGCUGUUCUUUUGAUGAUUGAAAAUCCGGCCCGGGCUAGUGGUCAUAUUUUUAAUGUUGGAAAUCCUCACAAUGAAGUUACUGUCAGGCAGCUUGCAGAAAUGAUGACGGAGGUCUAUUCAAAGGUAAGCGGAGAAGCUGCUCUGGAUGUACCAACAGUUGAUAUCUCCUCCAAGGAAUUUUAUGGUGAGGGAUAUGAUGAUAGUGACAAAAGAAUUCCAGACAUGACCAUAAUCGAUAGACAACUUGGUUGGAACCCUAAGACAUCACUGUGGGAUUUGCUUGAAUCAACCCUUACUUAUCAACACAGGACAUAUGCAGAGGCAAUUAAGAAGGUUAUGGCAAAACCUACAUCCAGCUAAGGAGAAGGGGAAUCCUUGGGUAGGCUGUUUUUUAGCAUGAGUUCAAAUUCUUUGUUAAGGGAAAAUUUUUAAAUAUCUGUUAGCGGUUGGUUCAAUAUACACUACAAUUUUUUGUCUUUCCAGUGUCAAUAGUCAAUGGCUCGCGGUAGCUCAUGAACCUUGUGUUUCAGAUGUUAUUCAUGAGAAGAAUUAUUAGGUUCUUAUUAGGUAAGUAUAUUUUGUUGCUGUAAUUUGUCUUUUGAGCUUGGGCUACGACAUAAUGGAGGCAGUAUACAAAGUUUGUUCUGUUUCUUUAGAGGCUUGAAUGGCAAUUCCCUCUGUUCUGGUUUUUCAGGAUGCGUUGUAUUAAUUUGUUUGACCCUCUCAAACUUUUGUUACUUUCUAAAUUAUUAUUUUUAUUAUUUCCAA